AUGGUCAACUGGAAAGCCAACGAGUCCACCGAACGUCUGAUCGCAGUGCUCGUCGCAGCUCAUCCAGGCCUAAAGCUCGAAUACCAAGCAAUGGCCACCCUCUUCGGCCAGGGAGCCACCUACGACGCCAUCGAAGGCCGCUUCCGCCGCUACCGCAAAAUGGCCGACGAAAUAAAAGCCGAAGCACUGAGCAGGGGCAUCACCGAGCUACCGCGCGGCCGGAAUAGCACCACAGGCAACAGAAGCGUCACACCGCGGACCCCGCGCGGACCACGCGGCGGAAUCACCAAACCCUCCUCUUCCAACGGCACCGGAAGAAGCAGGAAGAGCAAUGUCAGCCAGCUGCUCUCCACUCCGACCCAACGGGGACAGGGCAGAGGUGGUGGUGGCAGCAACAACGGCAACGGCAACGGCAUGUCGUUCAUGGAGGCGAUCUUCCUCGACGACGGGGUCUCGGAGGAAGACAGCAAGGUGAAGAAUGAGGCUGCUGAGAUACUCACGGGGCUUGUGGAUAAUUCUGCGGUCGUGCAUGAUCUGACUGUUGCGAGUACGCCCAGUGCCUCGUCUGCUUCGGUGGCCUCGAUGAAGAUGGAAGAUGUCGCGGAGAGCUUCUCGUCUGCGUUUGGUGGUGCUGUUAAGCAGGAAGGUCAGGGGAUCGGUCACGUCGCUGCGGGGGAUAUCGAUGUGCCUGCGAUCGAGCAUGAUGAGUUUGAUAUGGCGGGAUUGUACUUUCAUGGCCAUGGGGGGUACGACAUGGAUGACAUCUAUGGUGGGGCUGCUUGA